CCGGGGCCGCCCCCGGCCCCGCCUCCCUUCCGGCGGCCGCAGCAGCGCUCCCGCCUCUUCCCUCAGUGCGCGCUCGGGCCCACAGCAGCGACCGCGCCGCGGCCAUGAGUGAGGCAGAAGUGAAUCCCAAAGCUUACCCGCUGGCUGAUGCACAGCUCACCAAAACACUGCUGGAUCUUGUGCAGCAAUCCUGCAAUUAUAAGCAGCUACGCAAGGGAGCCAAUGAAGCCACCAAAACACUGAACAGAGGGAUAGCGGAGUUCAUUGUGAUGGCAGCAGAUGCAGAGCCCUUGGAGAUCAUCCUGCACCUCCCUCUUCUCUGUGAAGACAAGAACGUACCUUACGUGUUUGUGCGCUCCAAGCAAGCCCUGGGCCGGGCAUGCGGUGUUUCCCGGCCUGUCAUCGCCUGCUCCAUCACCAUCAAGGAGGGAUCACAGCUAAAGCCUCAGAUCCAGUCUGUACAGCAAGCUAUAGAAAGACUUUUGGUCUAAGUGCCCAUGGGGGUGUGUGCGUGUGUGAAAUAGGAAAGUGCAAAUUAGGGGAAAUUAAUGUUUAGCUUCAGUUGAGAUGAAAGUUUUGAUAUCAAUGUUUCAUUUCAAAAUGCCACAUUUUUGUUUAAUAAUGGCUUAAUUCUUAGUGUUUCUGCCUCCUAUUCCCCCACUUUUCUAUUAUUCCACUCCAACAUAUUCAUUCUCAUUGUAUUACUUCUUGAAAAAUGACUGUGCAACUGUGUUUCCUGUUUUAUGUUUAAAAGAAAAAAAAGUUCCCCCUUUGUCUUCCUGUCUGCCUGCUCAGGGUUUUCUUAACCCACCUGUCAGCUUUCUCUGUGCUGCAGCAUUUCUGCUAACUUUCAGCAGGUGUGAGUAACUGAGUUUCUGAACGGUUUAGGCUAUUGAGGAAAAGGUUCCCUGUGUUCAGGCUGCUGGAGUCACUAAGUGAUGGAGCAGCACAGGCAGGUAUAAGGCAGGCAGCAGCCAUCCUGUAGCAGCAGGUGGAGCCAAGAUCAGCGCACACAGCACAGCCCUUGUUCUUGAAACCAGACAAGAGACUUCUGUAAGAGAUGUACGGGGAGCAGAAAUUUUAUGGCAGUACACAAGGGGAACUCUCUUAACUUGAUUAUUUUUAAAUACUGACUUUUUAAGAAAAAAUAAAAACGCUGCAAAGCUAAAUAGAAA